UCUCUCUCCACUCCCUCUCUGCAGAACCGGAUGGAGGAGAGUAAAGCUCUGUUUAGGACAAUAAUCACGUACCCCUGGUUCCAAAACUCCUCCGUCAUUCUGUUCCUCAACAAGAAGGACCUGCUGGAGGAGAAGAUCAUGUACUCUCAUCUGGUCGACUACUUUCCAGAGUACGAUGGUCCUCAGAGGGAUGCUCAGGCGGGACGAGAGUUUAUCCUCAAGAUGUUUGUGGACCUGAAUCCCGACAGCGAUAAGAUCAUCUACUCUCACUUCACCUGCGCCACCGACACGGAGAACAUUCGCUUCGUCUUUGCCGCCGUCAAAGACACCAUCCUGCAGCUCAACUUAAAGGAGUACAACCUGGUGUAGAGUGGAGCCACACACACGUACUGACACUAUCUGUGAAGAGAAAGAACACACACACACACACACUCAUAUGAGAUCAAAUCAGAGAAGAAAAAAAAAACGUAGCGGUUGCAGAAUAUUAAUUUAUUUGCAAAUUUUUGGUCCCCAAGGGGUUCACAAAAAAAAAGUUGUAUAUUGCUAUUUAAGGAGAUGAAAUGUUAAGGAGGCGAGGCAGAUAUUUUGGAGGACUUUGCUGUUGAACAUGUGCGUCAACAAUCCUCAUUUCUAAGGCUUUGCGCAUUGUGAGGUUUUGCAUUUUUUUUGUUGACAUUUUUUGACAAAAAGAAAACGACUUUGUUCACUCGAGGUUAUGGUGUGGAGAGAAAUGUAACGAAUGCAAUGUGCUCCCCCUCUCUGCCUUUUUAUACACAUGAAAAAAAAGUCUCUUUGUGACAGAAAGGCCCUUUAGAACAGGCGUAAACUGAGAUUUUCACCUUGAUUUGGUAUCAAUUGACUUCCAUCUUUCGUAUUGCAUUGCAUUGACUUUGGUACCAUGCGAUGAGCUGAGCAUGUCUCACCAUGAAAGUACAUUACGCCCGGCCUUUGUUUGUCAUGUUUUGAGUGACAGACACGUGACAGUUCUGCAGCAUUAACGUAAACAUAAAGUGAACAAGUUUGAGAGAACCCGGCUUUAAAAUGCUUUGAGCUCAGAGAGAUGUAAGGCUGUCAAAAUGUCCACUACUCAGAUAUUUCUUUGACACUUUUUUUGAUAACACGUAUUUCAAAAUAAAACAAUAUCAGUUUUUUUAAUGACCAAUACUAGCAAAAAGUAAACAAACUUAAGAAAAACCUCCACACCUUCAGUCAAACUUUAACCAAAAGCUGCAGAGAACAAGAUGGAAUUCACAGGUCAGCAAAUACUUCUACUUCCCCCGUAGUCCUUUUGGCCUCAAUGAUACAUGAAUGUCUCUUACAAACAAAAAGCAGAGGCGGUUUAAGGUCUAAAUUGCAAACAUUUUUCCGGCACAGAAACUCAUCUGAUGUUUUUGUGCAAUUUAUAGACGGUGUAGCUUUCAAGUUUUGGUGAUUGAAAUCAAGAAACCGCCUAAUACUGGAUGCCUCUGGAAGCCUCUAUUUUUCGUUGCCAUGGUAUCCAAACGGGUAUCGAUAUGGUUUGAUUCUGACUUCGUCUCGAUGUUUAAAAAUUCUGGUAUUGGGACAACCCGAGGAUGCACAUGCAGAUCUGGGCUUGGUCACGUAAACCCUGAUGGAGCUGUGGGCGUCUCACAGACUGGAGGGAGUAGAAGAGGUUAUAAUUUAUGAGACAAUGUUUUGUUCAACUGUGCCACAUUAACGCUUUUUUUUAAGAUGGUAACGUGUGUAUUUAUUGCCAAUGCCAAAAACGACAGACGCUGUUUACAACUCCAAUGAAAAGUGUUGACCGAGUUAUUCCCGCAGUUUAAGACGUAUUUAACAAAGUAAACAGUAUCCUCCUCCAAUCACAACGUCAGGCUUUGCUGCAGUGUCCAAUCACAGCCUGGCCGUCUUGAUUUAUUGGAGAAUAACUCAAACUAAUUACCUUUAAGGGCAAAGUGUUGACAUUCAGUGUGUACCAAAGUGAGCCCUUCUUGUCUCUGAUUUAAAACUCUCACUUAAAGUAUUUUUUUUCUAACUAUUCCCAAGAACACAAGCCUGUAAUUUACAUUUUUUUGAGGCAUAGUGCAAUUAUGAAUGCUAUAAUCAUUGUACAUACAUCUCUCUCUCUCUCUCUCUAUAUAUAUAUAUGGCAGCAUCUUUGUUGGCUUUGUAAUCAUUACUUUUUUGGCAGAUUGAAUGUGCGGUAUUGGAAAUAUGUAUCUAUGUAAUUGUAUUGUAUGUCUAAUGGCUAAUUCAUUUUUUGGAAGAAAGAAAAAUGUUAUUUACAUGUU